UUUCACUUCCGGUGGUUCGUCCAAUCAAAAGCUAUCUUUGCUAUCGUUCCACAACUUUACGAAGUUAGUAAACACUGGCCACGAAUUGUAGUUGUUUUGGAUAGGAGUGUACGUCAGUCUUGGCACCAUCAAUGUUCUAUUGUAUCGGGGUACCUAGAUGGGUAGAAGGAGAAAUAAGAGAUUGACUACUUUGUUGGCAUGGUUUGUCACGUCUGUUGGAGCACUUUGUUACACAUUCAGUUGCAUAGGCGCAACAGACACCGACCCCAUUAUUGUGGACGGAUUUGCAGAUAACAACAAUGCAUUUGCCACCAAUAAUUACCAGGAGCCUGUGUCUGACUCAUCCGCACAGACAGCAGCUUGUCCGUCCAAACCACGCAAGGAAAGUCACCUGAUGAUUGUGAGCACACUAGAUGGGCAGGUCUCUGCUAUUGACAUCAGCAACAAGGGCAAGCUUGUGUGGAGUAUUACUGCUGAUUCCAGUCCCCUCCUUUCCUCAAGUAUCAGCAAGCUAGAGAUACAACGUAAUGGAAUGCCGACGCGUCUGAUCCCAUCAUUGGACGGAGGACUGUACCAGUAUGACGGUGAGAGUAUUGAGGCCAUCCCUAUGACUGUGGAGACACUCCUCAGCUCCUCCCACAAACUCAGUGACAAGGUGAUGAUGGUUGGUUCUAAAGACAUCAGAAAUUAUGGAGUCAAUCCUGCAAAUGGACAGAUGAAUUAUGUUUGUUCCGCGGAAGGUUGCCAAUUUAGUGCGGAGUCCGAUGUGACAGAGCUGGAUGACAUUUUGGUGAUAACACGAAACACACAGACUGUCCGUGCAGUAGACAGCAGGACGGGAGGCGAAAAGUGGAACUUCAGUGUUGGCCAACAUGAACUCCAGUUCCUGGGCGGUAAAAGCAUGCCACCAUCUAAGACUGUGGAGGAUAAGGUUGAGGACGAUGAUAUCUCCAUCUUGACGUGUGGUCCAGAUGAUGAAGAAGAUAAUGAUUUCAAUAUCCAGGACAGCCUGCGGAUUGUGGUUCCAGAGGGUGUGAUAGUGGGUAUGGACCCCAGUGAUUCUGACUCGGUUGAAUGGCAGCACAAGUUCACCAGUCCUGUAGUUGGUGCCUGGUUCCUACAUAAGAAGGAGUUGAUGCCGGUGAAUGUGUUUGACAAACGACUUGUACCUGCACUGGGCAGCUUUCAGCCCCCCGGAGAACAACUGCCUCAGGAACCCCUGUUAUAUGUAGGUCUCCAUCAUAACCAGCUGUAUGUUCAGCCCUCAUCAACAAUGAGAAAACACGUGUCACAGGCAAUGACUAAAGGCGAUGUCAGUCGUGUGGAUAUCCCAAGGGUGACGUGGAAACCUUACAUUAACUCCGCCCCAUCACGAACCCCUUGGUUGAAUUACAAAGGUAAUAAUGAUGUGCCUCUCAUUGACCACUGUGACCAGAACCUACCAGAGAUGGCUGACGAACAUGAGAAGGGUCUCUCGGUUUGGCAUGAAAACUACCCUUUUGACAAUGGCUAUUACCUGUACCCAGAAUAUGAAUUUGUGGUUCCUAAUUCUUCCUGUCCAAGAUCCAACUCCACCUCUAACAAGGUGUCCUCCACUCUGAUAGAGGAUGUUAUGAGUGCCUCACUGUGGAGCUACUGGAGACAAGUGAUCAGCAUUAGUGUUGUCACCUCCAUCCUCGUCAACAUCAUCUUACACAAGCUAGGACGGAGGAGAAACAUACCACUGCUUCCUCAAAUGUCUGAUAGUGGGGAUGGAACAGCAGUGUCCAUAGAACAGGACACGACAGCGCUUCAGAAGAAAACAGAGGAUUAUGUGUCGAGAUACCGACAGGACUUUGAGCAGAUACAGGUUUUGGGUACAGGAGGCUAUGGGGUAGUGUUUGAGGCUCGCAACAAGAUGGACACCUGCAGUUAUGCUGUUAAGAGGAUUGAACUCAAAAGCAGUGCCAAGGAGAAGGUGAUGAGGGAGGUGAGAGCUCUAGCUAAACUCGAACACACAGGAAUUGUACGAUUCUUUCAUGCCUGGGAGGAGUCGCCUCCCCCUGGCUGGCAGGAGGACAUGGAUCAUCAAUGGGAAGACAGUGAAUGUGUGACCAUGCCAACACCAUGUAACUCUAUACAGACUGAGUCACACGCCUUAAACAUACCAGAUUCUCCAGUAUUUAACCUUCAGAAUCCAUUUGGAGGUCAAUCCAAGGACUUUGAUUAUAACCUCCCAAGGAACAGAGCAGGUGGAGGUAGUGCGGAAUUCUCUGUUGACCAAUCAAGGAUGACAUCAGAUUCAGAACCGAGCAGUGAGCCAUUCCUUAAUUUCAAAGAUGAUAUAGACAAUGAUGAUUCAUUUGAUGUAAAAUUUAAAUUAGAGGACAGUGAAGACAGUGGGAGCUGUUCAAAGUCUCUUCCAUUUACCAAAUAUCACAAAGACUACUGGAGAUCUUCAGACAACCAGUCCUUCAGCGUGCAGUUUGAGGACUCCGGUUGUGCUGAGAAUGAAAAAAGUUCUAAGAGUGAUUCAAGUGGGGGUAUCGUGUUUACUGGAGAACACAGUGAUCACAAUUCAAAUAACUUCAGGCUGAACAUGCCUUCUAUUGGUUCAGGUCGACAGUCACCAUCUGCUUCUACAACAGAUAUACAGCCAUCAAAAGCCAAUAACAUGUCAGAAAAAAACUCACAAAGUAAAACCAAACAAUCAAAGGCACCUUCACAAAAAUUGUACCUGUUUAUUCAGAUGCAACUGUGCCAAAGGGAAACCUUGAAGGAAUGGUUAAGUGAUAGUAACAAACCCAGGAACAAACAGGAUAUGUUAAACAUAUUUGGACAAAUCGUAUGUGCUAUUGAGUAUGUCCAUGACUGUGGUUUGAUGCAUAGAGAUCUGAAGCCAUCCAACAUAUUUUUUUCGGCGGAUAACAUAAUAAAGAUAGGAGACUUUGGUUUGGUCACUGCCCUCUCAGAGGAGGAAAUAUUAGGGGCGGAAAAUCCGGGGAACAUGACCUUCAAGCAUACAACAGAGGUUGGCACCAAACUCUACAUGGGGCCAGAAUUGGUGUGUGGGAAGAGCUAUAAUAAAAAGGUGGACAUUUUCUCCAUGGGUAUGAUCUUGUUUGAACUGCUGUGUCCGUUCAGUACACAGAUGGAGAGAGUUCGUACCAUGACAGCUGCCAAAAUUGGACAACUCCCGAAAGAGUUUGAAAUGAACUACCCUGAACAGAGCCCGUACAUUAAGUGGUUACUAUGUGAAGACCCCGGUGGUAGACCUACAGCCACAGAGAUACUGGAAAGCCCCAUGAUGGCGAGCUUCUGUCAUAAUCCUCCUCCGUCUCGGCCACGGCCACGGCUCCGAACCAUCUCUAACGACAGCAGUGGUAGUGCAGGGACCAUGGGACAUGUCAGGAACCUGUCCCUGUAAACAAAACAUAUCCUCAAUGACAUAUCUAACUUAUUCAAUUUAAAGCAUUCCCCCUGGUGACACAUUUGAACUCUUCCAAUUCAAAGGUUGGAAUAGUUCAUCAUAACAAUUCAGGGAUGAAUGAGUUAAUGUCGGGGUAAAUAUUCAGAAAAGUCUUGUUCAGUUUGAGGCAUUCCUUAAAGUCUGAUAUAGUUUUCUGUGUGAAAACAUCUGAUUAGGUACUUUAUCAGAUGUUGUGUAAACUGAAGAAAGAAAGAUAAUGAUUUAUGACAUUUUCCCAAUUUUUUUUUCUUCUCAAUUUUUAAAUGAUAUGGAAUUGUACUAACAGACAAGUUUUUCAAUAAAAAAAAUAAAAAAAUACUUAUGAACCUGAUUGCAUGAUAAGUCUGUCUAUAUCAAUAUGAGGGCCAUACAGUUUUGGUUAGAUUGGGGAACAGAAAUGAUUCAUUCUAUGAAAACACAUUUCUAUGAUUGUAACUUAUGAAUUACGAGUCUGGACUUAGUAUGUAAGGGAGCUAACCCUAGAUACAAAGUGAAACCUGUCUGUAACUUCUGAAUGUUAUACUGGGUUGUUCUUCAGUUUAGAUGUUGAAUACAUAUUUCCUUGUUAGCAUUCACGUCAGAUAAGUUAUGUAUAGGGUUUAUAACCUUAAAGAGCUUUUUAUUCAUGAUUAGAUAAAAACCUACGAAAUCUUGAUUUAAAAAUUGUGAAUUGUAGCAUAUUUAAUCACAGAGAAUCUCUGAAUGUGUUCGUUUUUUGGAUAAAAACAUGAACUAUUGACAGCACAAAUAUGAAGCACCAUAUUGACAGCACUAAUAUGAAGCACCAUAAAGAUUUUACUGAUGUCACCAUAAAUGAACUAACAGCAUUGAUUAGGAUCAGGAAUUUUAUAGAAACCUGUUCAUCCUAAAUAUUCUUGAAAUUAUUCAAGCAAUUUUCGUGCUAAAACCACUGCAUUCCAGCAUAUGUAAGGAAGAAUUAGCAAUAAAACAUGAUACAUUAAAAAUUGUCACUAAUGGUUCGGGGAAAAUAAAUGCUUGUUAACAUUAAUACAGGUUAAAGUAGUACCAUUGCUAAUAUGUAACAAAACAUAAAUUAUACAUAUCUGUCACUUUGUGAUACCUUUGUUUGUUUAAUGCUGCUGAGUUGACGUGCUUAUAGUUAAAGAUCAAAUAAGUUAUGCCUGUAUAAAGAUAUAGUACAUAAUUUGUAGAAAAGGGGGGGGGGGGGGGGGGGGGGGGGUAGAGAAAAAAAAUGUAUGGCCAGAUCAAAACAAUAUUUGUCACUGGUGCCCUUUAUUAGAACUGAUGAAAGUCCUCAAUUUGAAUUCACAAAGCAUUAUUUUAUCUUUUUAGCAGUGGAACGUCAUUACUCGGGGCAGUCUAGUUAGAAUAAAUGAAGGUAUUACAGUUCCCAGAUAAAGUAAUUGUAUGGUAAGUGAGUAGACCAACCACUGGUUGUUAAGGAGCUUCCACAAUACAGUUACCACUGGUUGUUAACCCUUUCACCACUGUAAACCAUAAUUGACUCAUCCAGAUGAAUGUAUGAUAGAGUCUACUAAGGUUACCUAGGGGUGAAAGGGUUAAGGAGCUUCCACAAUACAUCAACCACUGGUUGUUAAUGAGCUUCCACAAUACAUCAACCACUCAGUGUUAAGGAGCUUCCACAAUACAGUAACCACUGGUUACCAUAGUAACAGAACAAAAUGCAGCUUUAUACAUUUUAUGGGGAUUUAUUAUGUAUGUUGUUUUGAGAUUUUAAUCAUGUUCCAUUCAAGUUCAAUUCAUGUUCCAUGGUCAUCAGUUUAUCUAUUUUUAGUGUUUUAUAUUUUGUCAGUCACCGUGAAUUCUUAUUCUAAUGUGUUCUUUUGUAACAUAUCUACUAAACAUAUUAAGGUAUAUGCUUACUAUACUAUUCAUUACAUAUUUAUAAGCAAAUAUUACCAGAUGAUAACAAGGAAAAGGUAGAAUUGGUUUGAGUAGCCCAUUCAAAGUGGUAUGCAGCCAAUUGUCUGGCGUGAUGUUCUAAUAUGGCUCCAAAGGUAACCCUAUUAAUUCCAACUUUUUUUGUUAGGUUGCAAAUUAAUGGUUUUAUCAUUGAAUUUCAAACAUAUUUCUCUUGUAUGGCAGAAUAUACUGAUAUUUAUUACUCGUGCUCCACACUCAUGAUAAAUAUCAGUAUUCUACCAUACUCUUGGAAGAUGUUUGGUGUUUUAGAGGAAACCAUUAUUUAUCCUCUAUAUGCCAAGGAAAGCUUUAAAAUAAGAAUGAUUUUACAGCAUUAGAUUGAUUAUAUAUUAUAUCAUUCAUGGUCCCCACAUGCCACCAUUAAUUGUUUUCUUUGGCCAACUAUACAAAAUAUCAGCAAAACAUUUGAGACACAAGUACACUGUAAUACUGCUGAUUGUGAAAUUUCACUUAAAUGAUGGGAUCUAGUUACAUGCUACAUACAUGCUACAUGAAAAGAGCACAUAUAUUCACAAGCAAGUCAUAAUAAAAUAUUAUUGGACCAAUACCAUCAAUUCUCAGGUUAAGUAAACAUUCCAUAAGGUUUAUAAUUAUGACCUCUAUCUCUGAACAAACUUGAGCUGAUAUUGUUGUAAGCCUUUAUUUAUCUAGCAUGUUUAAGUACUGAUAUGUUUGUUGCACAUAAUGCUGUUGUAAUUUGUUUCAUCUUUUCUCCACAGUAUUUUUCAUUUUCACUUUCCACAUCCAUUGUGAUUUAAAUUUUUACUAUCCGGUCGACCUUUAUUUUAAGUUACGUCAUGAUAUCUGUUACACAUUGUAAGCAAUAACUCGGUUUUUGUUUCAUUAAAGUAAGGUCUCUAUUAGUUGUAGACACCAUGGUUAUAAGGGAAGACUGGUUCAUUAUUCCACAGUAACCUAUGUACAUAUGAAGUCAUGAGCUCUCUGGUCGUUUAGUACAUAGUCCUCCCCCACAUUUGCUAAAACAAUCUAUGACAUUUAAUGUAGAAUUAGUUGUGUGACGGUAUUUUUUAUAGAUUUUCAAUUUGUUACAAUACAUCAUGUACAUUUACAAUUUAGCGUAAAAAUGGCAAGGUCAACAUUUAUUUUAAUAACUAAUGAACGUUUUUCUAGAUAUGUAGUUGGUGCACCCUAAACUUGAAACUUUCUUUCAUUGCAGAAUAACUGAAAUUACAUGAGUUUUAAGGGUACAUAUUUUGGAUCCAUUUGUGAAACACUGCUUACCUUAAUAUUUCUAGUAAGAAAAGACAAGUGUUUAAUGCUUCAGUGCAUUGUAGUAUUAUUUCUUAACAUUAGCUUAACUAGGUUUAGUUUGACACAAGCUUAACAAAUAAUCUCUAGGUUUUUUGAAAUUAAUCCUUAACUCUUCAGAUCAGAAAAGGGUAAAAAGACAACAUUAUAUAGUUGUGUUUGGACUCAAAAGACAUGAAAUAUUUGCUGAUUAUGAAAGGUUGAAUUAAUAUUUCUUAAUUCAGGUCACACACUUCUUAACAGUUAGGCUGUCGAAUACAUUCGUAUCAUGGACAGUGAGAUUAUACAUGUAUAUGUAUGUAUGAGUUAAUAUUAUUGUAUGGAAAGUGAUUAGUGUCUGCUUUGUAAAUAAUGGGUGUAUAAAGUGACAAUUGUAUGACUGAUGUGUGAGAUAUGAGCAUGGAGAGAGGGGUGUGUAUAUAUUGGAUAAAUGUGUCAGAUGUUUAUACAUGUAUGUGUGAGGUGAGAUUAUCAUGAGUGUACUUGCAUUAUGUAUAGGGUGUUUUACUGCCAGUGUUUUAAUGCGAGAUAUAUGUGGAGAGUUAUUCCCCUUGGUGUUUUAUGGCAUUUAAAUGUGUGAGAUACAUAUAUGUGAUGAAAGUAAUGUAUGUUUAUGAUAUAUUUCUACCUGUUUCCUAUUAUUCUCUGUAGGUUGGUAGGAAUGGAUUGUAUACAGGUUUAAUGUGUAAAAUAUUUAGUAAUCACUAAAUUUCGUGAGAUACUUAUUUUUUUAAUCGUUCAUGACGACUGUUGAUCUCAAAAUAUGUUUGUAUAUAUACAUUUGUACUCAAUAUUUGUUCAGAAUAACUUUAAUUAGAGGGCUGUAGUUAUUGUUUGCAAGUAUCUAAUUCUAAACUUCAAAAAUAAUGAUAGAUCGAAGAGAAUGAUCACGAAAAUAAGUAUACACAAAAUUUAGUUGGUUUACAGGAAGUUAAUUUCUCAUAUGGUACCGGUUAAUUUGAUUUUAUGAACACAUCUUUAUUAACUUGUUAAUCUCUAUUUAUUACACAAGGAUGCAUUUUGCACAUUUCCUUUAAAAAAAACCUGAAAUUGAUGGAAACAUCAAGUGUUGAGACUUCACUGUGUUUAGAUAUUCCUAGUGAUAAAAGGUUGAUUGUAACAAAUGACAAUCUUAAUGUCGUGGAAAUGAGUGUGCUGGUUGUGAAAUCAAUUCUUAUGAUGUUCUACUGUUAUUUCAGAUUGUAUAAAUGAAAUAAAACUUGCAUUAAAUGCAAUGAUUGAACAAAA